GCCAUCAAUCCAUCAAUAUGGAUGGCGAUCCAAAUAUCGUGAUAAUUACUGACCGUGUGACAGAGCCCGAUGGAAAGCAAAUGUCAAGGCGCGCAAAUGUCAUUUGAAUUGGCGCCAAGAAAAGAAAACAACGUUUUGGUGCUUGCGCAGAGCAUUGAGGAGCGAAGCUGCUCCAAUUAUUAAUUUCUUUGCUGAGUUUGCAUUAAAAAAUUUUUAAAUUAUGGUACUCAAAGAAAAUAAGCCCAAUAAGGCACCAGUUGUGAAGUGGAUCGGUACCAACGAAAGCAUAGUUGAUGUGCCUAGAUUGGCUCAUAAAGAAGUGAGCUUUUAUCGAAAGUGUAUUUUUGAAGAUUUAACGCUUAGUUUGGGUGACUUUGUACUUGUGUCCAAUGCUGAUGCUGCUGAGCCUGAUACCGUAGAAGGCUGUGACAUUGGAAAAAUAUUGUAUCUGUAUGAACUGCAUGACGCUGUCGAUCGUGAUCCGUACCGGGCCAUUGUUCAGUGGUACUCUCGUCCUGAGUGUGUGCCACACAAAGAAUUUGAUCGAGACGAUCUUUGUAUUGAUUUCAAUUCGGAACUGAUAGAAGAACACCGCCCUUAUGACCCAGAUAUUUCACUAGAAACAAUUUUUCGUAAAUGUAUCGUUUUGUUUGGUGGAACUGAGGAGUGUGCCAGCGCUAUUCUACAUAAAUACAAAGCAAAACGGAACGAGUGUCCAAUGUUUGUGUGCCGAUAUAAGUUUAUUAAAGAUAAAAACUCAUACAGGCUGGUACCAUUGGAAUGGAAUACCGAUGAUUUGACUGCUACUGGGGUAAAAACCCGUGGACGCAACGAUUCGCCGACUACUACCAAGAAAACGAAAUCGGCACGCGUAGCUAGAAGUGCAUCAGUACGUAAGCAAAAGGUUGAUGCCGACGUAGCAGUUAGAAAGCGUAGAGCGUCCGUUGCUGCUGCGACGGCAUUGGAGUUCAUUGACUGCAACGUUUACGAAAGAGCAGACAAAGUAUCGCCUAUAAAAAUAGUUGGUGGAAGAAAUGUGGUACGCUUGUCAGCGAAAAAGAAAAUUGCGGCAGGAAAUGAGGCAAUUGGUGGCUUCACUCCCACAUCGCCACUCACCGAACGCAAUAGGAAAGUGACAACACCAACAACACGUGUCUCAGCUGCUCGUCGUAAUCUAAAUUUGAGUUUGGAUAAUGGCGCUGACACCAGUGUAGAAUCUGAUUGUCUUAAUUAUUCUAUAGUCAGAACACCAACAACUGAAGAACCGACCAGCGAAAUGAAAAUCAAAUUUAGAUUGUCCGCAAAACAACAAGCUUCUAAGCUUGCAGCCAUGGACGAGCAAUUCAACGAUCCACUUUCCAUGAAUGUAGUAGAGCAUACAAUCAAAAACACAUCAGAGGAAAUCUAUUCCACCCCCACCAAGAAAUCGAAAAGAGUUAGCGAUGAUACAGAUAUGACGCCAUCUACACGACGCAAAAGUAUACUAAAAUCAGCCACAAGACAGCAAGUUGAUAGCACGCCAAAACGAAGUAUUCAACUGUCGGAUAUUGUUGAAAAGAGAGUAUUCAACGAUGAAGAUUACAUUUCCACACCAAAACGUAAGCCAAAAGGAGAUGACAAUGAUAUUAAACGAUCGGCACUUAAAAAUGCGGCAAUCAUUCGUCGUCGCAAUUCUACUACAGCUGUAGCAGGUGCGAUGACUCCUUCGCAAAAACUCAAACUGAUGCGCCGUGGUGAGUUAUCACCAACAAUGGAACAUAGGCAAACCUCUGUUUCGACUGAAGCUCGACGAAAAUCGGAUUUACAACUAGCACGAGAACGCUUACAUGUUUCUGUGGUACCACAAAGCCUUCCAUGUCGUGAAAAGGAAUUUGAAAAUGUGUACGCAUUUUUAGAAGGAAAAAUUCUAGAUCAAUGUGGCGGCUGCAUGUAUGUGUCAGGUGUGCCUGGAACUGGGAAAACAGCAACAGUUACUGGUGUAAUACGCGCGUUGCAGUGUAAACAAAAAGAUGAUGAACUGCCCGCUUUUGAGUUUGUUGAAAUCAAUGGUAUGCGAUUAACGGAACCACGGCAGGCAUAUGUACAAAUCUAUAAGCAAUUAACUGGUAAAACUGUUUCCUGGGAACAAGCACAUUCGCUGCUUGAAAAGCGUUUCACCACAUCAGCACCGCGUCGCAUUCCUACAGUGCUUUUAGUUGAUGAAUUAGAUGUACUGUGCAAUCGACGUCAGGAUGUUGUAUACAAUCUACUGGAUUGGCCAACAAAAUCUUCCGCACGCUUGGUAGUGGUGACUAUAGCUAAUACAAUGGAUUUGCCAGAGCGCCUACUAAUGGGCAAGGUAACAUCGCGUCUUGGGCUAACACGUCUUACCUUCCAACCUUACACACACAAGCAAUUGCAAGAAAUAGUGACAAUGCGUUUAUGUGGUUCAGAUGCCUUUAAAAGUGAUGCUGUUCAACUUGUAGCACGUAAAGUGGCUGCAGUUUCAGGUGAUGCUCGACGUGCCUUGGACAUAUGUCGGCGCGCUACCGAAAUCGCAGAAGCAGCCAUACUUCCUAGGGACAGUGACAAUUCUACGCCAGUUCAAAAAUUUGUUGGCAUUGCACAUGUGCAGCAGGCACUUUCGGAAAUGAUUGCUAGCGCAAAAGUACAAGCAAUAAAGAAUUGCUCACGCAUGGAGCAACUCUUUUUGCAGGCUGUGCUCGCCGAAGUGACUCGUACAGGAGUCGAGGAAACGUCCUUCUUAGGUGUUUACUCACAAGUCGAAAAUUUAGCACCUUUCGAAGGUAUAACUGC